GGCGGGAAGCAGAAACUCAACAGAGGCGGCCGGCGCAAGCACACACAGACUGCGGCGGGUUGCGUGGCAAGCGUCACGUGAAACAGUCAGAGAUGAAGAGAAGCUUCCCCGCCUUUCUUCCAGUACCCAUUUUCAACCAGAAGAAAAGAAAUAGACAACCACUAACCUCAGUUCCUCAAAAAAAUGAUUCAAGUUAUCCUGGCAUUAAUCUAGGCUAUGAAAGUUUGGGCUUCUCUUCCAUGGUACCAGAUUCCGUUGGUGGAAGUAGAAUUUCUCAGCUGAGUAAUGCUGGAAAAAAAUUGGACAGUAGGUCUGCAGAUAAGAAAAUCAACACUUGGCCUGAAGGUGAAAAUGUUUUUUACAGCACCAGUAAGGAUAUAAAUUUGGGACCUAAGAGAUAUUAUGGACAAAUGCAAAUGUUGGAAAAUGGAAAAGGACAGGUCAUUAAUGAUAAAUAUGUUCCACAAGUUCAACUUCCAAUACAGCUUUCACAACAGACCUCUAUUUCCUCUAGAAUGUUGUUGCAUUAUUCUUCUGCAAUGCCAUCUGGAAAAAAAGAUUACACACCUUCAUAUUACUUUAAAAAUAGUGCUCUUUUGAAUAAAGAUAAUGCAUUUGCUGAUAUGCCAGAGGAAGAAAUGGUACAGGCUAUACCUCUGUAUCAAAUGACAGUCAAAGAAAAGAGCAAUUCUUUAAGAAUAAUACCAGCAUCAAUUGAAAGUAUGAAGUACUGGAGUCAGUAUACAGAUAGAACUCCACUAUUAUUUGAACUAUUAGCCACUCUGGACUCUGCUGUAACUUCAGGAGAUCAUGGAUCAAAAUUAUUUCUUUUAAGAGAUGGCAAGAACCAUAUUCCAUGCAUUUUUUUUGAAAUUAUUUGUGGAAGUUAAAUAAGUUCAAAAGACAUCUGGCGUGGCGUGGCCUAGCGGAGGUUCGGAGAAGACAUGCAUCAGUGGAGCCCCGGCCUGACCACCCUUAUUACAGCUGCCUGCGGCUUCCCUCCAGCUUCAACACCUCCCCAAGGGCUCCCGUGAUCCCCUGUAGCGAUCCGGGUUAGUGCAGCGGAGCCAGGAAACCUUUCUGAGGUCUCUGCGGGUUGCGGCCUUCCCGUGGACCGGAAGCCACGGCCUAGAUUUGUUCACUGAGCCCACCGAGGACACACCUCCGGCACCAAACUCUGUCUACAGUCUGGUGGGGUCCUGGAUGCCUCCCUAACCAGCUGUCUACGUUGGAGAAGCAGGAAAACGGACUGCAAGUAGGAACAUAACUCUCUGGGAUCCCACAUACACCAUCACCCUGAGGAAGACCUAAAUAGUAGAAACGCGUUGGUGGCAUGGUUCUUGAGGACAUAUAGAUCUUUAGUUGUGGUACCCAGCAGAGUGGUGAGAGCAAUCGGCCAUUUUUUUGUUGUUCACCUAUAUAACAAUGGGAAUGUUACAUCUACAUAUGUAAAGUUUUUAU